GAAUUCUUUCAGCGGCCAAUUUAACUUGUCUGAUUGAGCGGUUGUUUCGUUUGUUUCCCAAGUGAUGUUAAUUUGUGUUUAUUAGUUCCAUUGCAUUUUGUGAAGUGGGACAUCCCUCAGUUCGAAGUUAUCGUAUUUACUGUAUCCAACGUAAAUUAUGCGCUUUUAAAAUUUAGGUUACUCUUGUUUUAUUGAAACUUACGCGGUUCUAUCAUUCUGUUGAGUUCAACAAAGGAAUAUAUAGUGGAUCCCAAUGAAUUAUUGCCACGACAAAACCUAAUGUUUAUUGUCCACUGGGAUGCUGCCUGCCCUUUGGAUAUUUGUGUUUCUUAAAUGCAUUACACAAUCGUUGUCAUUAUAUUCAGUUGCCUUUGAGUGUGGCAAACCAGCAGUUUAUCUGAAUAACGAAUUUUGGGUGAUUGAUUUUACUCAGGAUUGUCUUGAAGACGAGCUGUCAAUCUUGAAUUACUGCAAAAGAGUAUACAGUGGAGUGAACAUCACCUCAGUAGUUUCUGCACCUCCUGUUGAUGUCGUUUUAUCAGACUGGUGUGAGCUUACUCGUGGAAGCCUGGAAAAGUGUCAAGGUUCCAGAGGAAGAGUAUACGAAAUCAAGCCUUUUAUAUGUCUUGACACAGUUCCCAUGUCCACAUUAUAUGUUCCCAACGGCUGUGAACUGAAUAAUUUAGAUGAUGAUCGAAGUUUCGUCUGCAAGGACUAUAACUUUUGGGAGAAUUAUGCACAGGAAGCUUGUUUGAAACGUAGCAUGAGGUUUCAAAGCUACUUACCGCUCAAGCCAUGCAUCAAACAAGGAGAUUUUACUUCUCUUCAUUUCACGGCAGCUAAAUUUGUGUGUUGCUUAAAUUCUAACUUAAGAUCUUCAGUGGAUGGAAACAACUCAUUUUCACAUGAAAUUCAUGGCUUGGACGCAAAAACAAGUUCUGUAGAGAAUGUUAUAGAUGGUGACAAAACGCUUGCAGAUUAUCUGUCAUUUUCAAGUCAGAAAUCAUCCUCAGGUUUAUUAAUACCUGAGCGUGAACGUUACAGUCAAGCCAAGUUGGCAGUUUCUAAUGAUUUGCGUAGACGAGAAAAAGUUUUGAAGCAAGAGUUUUCCGAUGCAGAAUCUUUGAUUUCGGCCCAGGAUUGGCGGAACAACCCCAUAAAGAGCCAGAUUGCAGAGGACAGUUUAAUUCAAGAGUUUCGCACCAAAUUUGUUGGUCUAGAAAAUGAAUCAGAACGAAAUCGAAAAUCUCUCGAAGUGGUUCAUCAACAGAGGAUAGAAACCCAGAUGCGUGAACGUAGAACAGCAAUAGUUGAUGCUUGGGCAAGAGCUCUAAACAUCGAAAAUCCCAACAAUUUCACACUGUUUGAGACCCUAAGACAUUUAAUCCAAGUUAUUGAACAUGAUCGAAAUCAUUUUAUCAAAAGAUAUGAACACCUACGUACUACAGAUCCAUCUGAAGCGAUUCAACAAAUGCCAUCUAUCAAGGAGAAUUUGGCCAAACUUGAUACUCUGCUUAAUCAAAGCUUGGAAAAACUGAAUAUGCAUCCAAAACUGAAGCCAGAAUUGUUGGCUUAUGCAAAUCAUUUCAAGCGUGAUAAGUAUGCACAAUUAGAGGCUGAGUCUAAAGCUAUCUCUGUCGCCAAUAUAGCCUUACCAGAAAUAGUUAAAUUGCCCACUUUUCAAGAACAAGCGUCAUUGAAAGCUGAAAAAGUAGUAGCCAAAUAUCGUCAUCACUUGGAAUCACUACCUUUGGAUAAAACAAUUAACUACAGUCUGAAUAAGAAUCAAAAUGAACAAACGAGUCUACCAGAGAAAUUAGUGACAAGUUCUAGUCACUUCAAUUCUAGUGGAAGAAAAGGCUAUUCUAAUUGGCAUCAUAUGAAAAUGACUCUUACUACUCCAAGUAUUGGCAACUUCGUUGAUGCUAAAGAAGGAAUAUUAAACACUGUUGAUUAUUCACUUCAUACAUCACGUUUGACAGAAAAUUCAUCGUAUACUAACAAUGAUCAGAAUAUGGACAACAAAACGAAAGUACAAUAUAAUCCAAAUCAGAAGCCUGCUACUAUUGUGUUAAAUUCAACGCAGUUGACAAACAAUGCAUCAGUUUUAUCAUUUAUGAAUAUCUCAAAGCAAAUUCCAGUUAAUAAGUCAGCGUAUAUUUCAUUAAUUAUUAUAGGAAUAAUUUUUGGCUGUACGUGUCUAUUUCUAGUUACACGUCGUUACUUCAAUUCAAUUCGAUAUAAUCGUAAAGGUUAUACACUGACAGUUGUAGAAGUUGAUGAAGUUAUUGCACCAAAAGUAAAUCAUUCACCAGAAUUUUUACCAGUAAGACAAAGUCGUUUACGUGGUAAAACACCAACAUCAAUAGGAAAACACAAUGGUGAUGUAAUACAUGAUUGGCAAAUGAGUGGUUAUGAAAAUCCUGCGUAUAAAUUUACUUCAAACAAUGCAACUGAAAGAUUUACUAGUUUCCCUGGUGUUGGUGUUUUUCAUCAAGACAAUAGUUUUGAUGAUUUUGAAAUUUAGUUAACUUAUACAACUACUUCUCUCUCUUUUUUUAUUUUCUUCGCUAAUUUUGUUCUCCUCUUUUUAAAAUACAUAAUAUGAAUAGUAGAAAUUUCACUUUCAGCUCAAUACAUGGUGAAUGGAACAUUGUUGAAAAAGGAAAUAAUUCUCCUUCAUUAUUCCUAGAACUGCUUAAUUCUAUAACUAGCGAAUAUAUUAUCAUUCAAUUGUUUCACAACCUUAAUAUUCAUGUUUGCUACUAUUUAACCUCAUCCCUUUACCUUUACGAUUUUCUCUAAUUAGUGAACAGUUUCCCUCUCAGUGAAGAGUAGUACUAAUGAUACCAGCACAGCAUAUAAUAUACGUUUAUUCUGAUAUCAUUCGGCUUAGUCAGCACUAAUUUUUUUUUGUAUUUACAUUGAUAUUAGUGUCUUACCGCAUUUAUUAGAUGAAUACAUAUAUUGGGAUUUAAGUAUCUUGAAAUACGUUUAACUUCUCUGAUUAUCGUGUGCAAUAUAAUGUUUUUGUUAUUAUUACUAUAGACAUUAUGGUUGUUAUUGCGUCAUUCAUUGUUUUUUUAUUUCUAAUUUGAUACUUGCUUUCAUUUUCGUGUAUACCAAAAAGUCUGUUUUCUCAGUCGUUUUAACUAUUCUUUUCAUCUCUAAAAGCAAAAACCAUUAUUUCCUUAUGCAUUUAAUUUCUCCUUUAUACAAAGAUAAUAAUCUUUGUAUUUAGGUGUAUGCAUUUGUGAUUGCUUUACGUUUCUAUUUAAUUUUUCGCCUCGUUUAGGUAAAGUUGAAUAACAAUUUAGUAUAAAAGUUGCUUUAUUGUUGGGUAUUCACAUUACAACUUGAUAGUACAAUCGUUUUUUAAAGUUCAGUGCUAGAUUAGUUAUUUCUAGGUCGCUGAUACGAGUCUUGUCGUGAUCCAGAUCCUGUUUCAACUACAGUCAUUAAUGUACUAUAGGAUUAAACCUCUCCAUUAAUGUAAGAAGUUUCAUAAGUGCAACUACACACACUGCCGCAGAGUUGUGUGGAGUAAGAGUUAAUAUACUUUUAUGAGAGCAGUCAGGUAAGGAUUUUGACAAUUGCGUGAAGUGUAUAAGUAAUAUUCAAAAAAGUAUUUCAGUUUUUCGUACCGAUGUAUCCAAAAUAGUGUUCAUCAAAGAAAGCUGCAAACAUAUAAUGUUGCAUACCUUCCUAGGUACUGUCUAGAAAAUAUAACUUUUCUAAAGCUGAAUUUGGGUCGUUAUGGUAAUUCCUGUUGAGAUAUGGCUAGUUACAUUUAGUACUUUCAACCACUGUAUCGUAUGUUGUAGUUCACCUCCAUCUGUCGACUGUUAAACGGUAACAAUCCACAUAAAAUGACACCCUACCCAGAAUACCAUUACAUUGGUUCUUUAUCAUCAUUUCUUAAACAAAUGUUUCCUCCCGAUUCUCGUAUCGAUUGAUUUUGCUGUCCAUAUAAGAUGAGGGCAGGUAACAUAUAAUGAAUGUUUAUCAUUUCGGUGAAUCACUAAAACUUACUACUUGGGUAGACAUUACGAUCUGUAUAGUGUUUGUGCAUGUAUACACCUCCAAAUUUUGUUUUAUACCUAGAAUUUUUUAUUGCCUACUGUGCGUUUGCACAAGAAUGUUCAAAUUCUGCAUUAUAUGCUUUCUUGGGUUAAUUUUUUAAUUAUGUUGCAUUCAUCCUAUAUUCUAAUUUUCUUUUUAAUCUGUGUUUAUUAUUUAUUUAUGAGUCAACCUAAAAAAAAACAAUGAAUGUAUUACAAAAGGCUUAUUUUUCAUUUCGUGUAAUUUCAACAUGGUAAUGGUUAUCCCUUUCAAAUGACUCCUUUCCACAUCAGUAAAAAAACAAAGUUAGCUGGCUAUGAAAUCUUU